GGCGGAGGCGGCGGCGGCGUGGUUUCCUGAGAAGGCAGGCCGCCGAGGGACGCCCUCCGACGCGGAGACGGAGGAAAGGAGCCUGGAGGCGGUGCGGCCCUCGGAGAGAAAGAUGGCUUUCAGGAGUGUUGAACCUUUGUCCUGUGAUACUUUUGUGGCUCUGCCUCCUGCCACACAUGGCAAUAGGAUCAUCUUUGGUAAGAACUCAGACAGACCAUCUGAUGAAGUCCAAGAGAUUGUGUACUUCCCUGCUGCAACUCAUAGUCCUGUAGAAAAAGUAGAGUGUACUUACAUCCAAAUUGAACAAGUGCCAAAAACGUAUGCAGUUAUCCUGAGUCGCCCAUCAUGGCUGUGGGGUGCUGAGAUGGGGGCCAAUGAGCAUGGAGUUUGCAUUGGGAAUGAAGCAGUGUGGGGGAAGGAAGAAGUCUGUGAUGAGGAAGCACUCCUAGGCAUGGAUCUUGUCAGGCUUGGGCUUGAAAGAGCUGAUACUGCAGAAAAAGCUGUCACUGUCAUUGUUGAGUUGCUGGACAAAUAUGGCCAAGGUGGAAACUGCAUGGAGAGUCAUAUGGCAUUUACAUAUCAUAAUAGUUUUCUGAUAGCAGACAGAAAAGAAGCUUGGGUAUUGGAAACUUCUGGAAAACAUUGGGCUGCAGAGAAAAUAGAAGAAGGAGUAAGGAAUAUUUCCAACCAGCUUUCAAUAACAACCAAAAUUGAUCAUGAGCAUCCAGAAGUCAGGAAUUAUGCAACAAGCAAAGGCUGGUGGGAUGGCAAAAGAGAAUUUGAUUUUGCUGCCACAUACUCAUAUGUAAACACUGCCAGAAUGACUACUGCAAGAGGCAGAUACUGUGAAGGCUAUAAACUUCUGAAGAAAUAUGAAGGCAAAAUAACAGCUGAGAUCAUGAUGACAAUCCUUCGGGAUAAGGAGAGUGGCAUUAAUAUGGAAGGUAGCUUUAUGACUACUGGAAGCAUGGUUUCUAUACUCCCACAAGAGCCAAACCUUCCUUGCAUACAUUUUUUCACUGGAACUCCAGACCCUGACAGGUCUGUUUUUAAACCUUUUACAUUUGUGCCAAAUAUUACGCAGCUGCAAAAAACUAGUUCUCCAGUAUUUGGUCUUGAAGAUCCAGUUAGAAAGCAGCCAAGGUUUCAAACUAAGCCAGACAGAAGGCAUGAACUUUACAAAAGACAUGAAACUGCAGCUCUCAUAAUGGAAUCCUCUAAGGAGAAGGGUGAAAUCAUGAUGAAACAGAUCCGAAAGUUGGAAAAAGAGAAGAUUAAUCAAAUGGAGACUGUUCUACAAAAUGGAUUUCUUGAUGUUGAUCAAGCAGUUAAUCUUUUUUCUAAUUGCACAGAAGAUGAAAUGUGUGCAUAUACUUAAGGAACAUUUGCAAUUAUUUAGUGUUCUCACACAGUUCCCAAAGCAUUUUUGUUCUUUGCACAUUUGCUAGUUUGGCCAGUUUGCAUUUACUGUAAUCAGACUGGAGAAGUAGAGGAUUUUGAUAUUAGAUUUGUGGACUCUUAACCAAGCCAAGUACCAAGUAUAAAAUAUGUGUAAAAAUAUUUUUAUAUAGUGUCAAAUCUAUGCUCGUUUCUUUACUCCACUGAACUCACUGAGGCUAAUUUUUGAGUAGAUAGGGUAAGUCUGCUGAUGACAGAGACUUUCAUUCUGUAAAUUUUGCAAUUGAAGCCAAAUUCUAUACAAGGUUAAGAAUAUCACAUCAUGUGAUCUUUAACAUAUCUAAUAAAUGUGUGAAUGAAGUAACAUUAUAGAUUGAAAACACUACACACACAAAAAAACCCCCAAGAAUAAAAGUUAAUAAUGGAACUCAUGUCAUACUGUAAACAAAUGGAUCAAAGUGGACACUUAACAGUUUACAAACCAAAGUAUAAAUUGCCACUGAUUCUGUUACAAAAAAACAAUUGCCAGAAUCCUAUACAACCAUUGCAUACUACAUACUAUCAUAAGAUUGUUGUUAUGUAAUUUUGGUGUUAUCAGCCCAACCCCACUUACCAGUAAGAAGUUGCUGGGAUCAACAGGGGUCCAUUCUCCUGUCAAUCGAGAAGCAACUGCCUGAGAUUCCAACCCUCACGUGAGCAAUCUCUAGCAUGAAAGGCAGAAAAAGGACACAUCAUAAAUCCUCAUGACAGACAAGGGACCUUUGUCAAUCACAGUGGCUGUUUACAGUAAGUGGAGUUUAGUGGAGUUUCAUAGUCCCUUGUUGUUGUGCCUUCAAGUCAUUUCAUACUUAUGGCGACCCUAAGGCAACCCUAUUGUGGGGUUUUCUUGGCAAGAUAUGUUCAGAAGAGAUUUGCCAUUGCCUUCCCUGGAGGCUGAGAGCAUAUGAACUGCCCAAGAUCACUCAGUGUUUCAUGGCUGAGCUGAGAAUUGAACCCUAGUCUCCAGUCAUAGUCCAACACUCAAACCACUCUGCCACACUGGCUGUCUGCAUCACCCCUAAACUAGUGAAUACGUAUCAAUUGCAAAUGUGUAACUGUAGGUUCCUUAUUUGCACUUGGCCAACCAGUAUUUUUAGACUUAUACGUGUACUGUGAAAUUGCUGUAGCCUUUCUAGUUUCACUAAAGCACUUAACAUUUUCUAAAUAUUUAAAAAGAUUGGCUGGAAUUCAUGAAGUCAGUUAUGAAUGUGUACCAUAAAGUUACACAUUUGUGAUUGGUUCAUAUUUAUAGUUUAGGGGAUAUUUUCAGAUUGUGAAAGUCCCCCACUUACCAGCAAGGGGAGGGAUUCCUCUUCCUGAUUGGGAAACAGCUGACAGUUGCACUCACACAAACAAGUUCUGGUGCAAGAGGGGAUUACACCAGUGGUUUUACUGCCCAUCUUACCAAAGGUAAAGGAGGAGAUAGAAACAGCAGUUAGCUGCUUCCUGAUCAACAGGAACAGACUCCCACUGAUUGCAAAGGCUGAUGCCUAGUAAUCAGAGAUGGAGAGGGGGGCAGGCCAAGAGUUGGUAGGUACAGAUCUACAGUGGUUACAUUCAACUUCCUAAGUGAAUUCCAGUCAUUAUACAAAAAAAUUAUUCUAUUAAUUUUCCCCCCUAAUGAAGAUGUUAUUGUGAGUUUGCUACUGGGGGUGAGGGGUGGCAGGAUCCCAGCUCCCAUUUUCAUGGUUUGAUUGUCAAGUAGUAUUUUCAAUCUAAAGAUGCUAACUAUGGUAUUCUUAUUAAUUAUAUUUAUAUUGGAGAUUAAAGUAGCACGAAGCAUAAUUUAUCUGUAAAAGUGAAAGCAGGCAAAUUAAAAAUCAGUUACACUGAAAGAGUUUUGAAUAAAGACAAUAGAAGUGCAAA